UGAAAACGGGGAGACAUAUUUACGCGCGGUUUUGGGAAAACAUCAAAUCGAUCUCUUUUGUUAAGACAUCGGAAAAAAUACUAUAUCUAGCACAUUCUGGACUCAUCAUUGAAAAUACUUACUUCGUAACACCAUCUGAAAAAGUCUGGUAAGAAGGGGCGUUUUAUAUAAAAGAAAAUUGCCAAUCCACACACGCAAAUUCAUCCAAACCCUCAAUAAGGAAUUCAUCUGAAAUGAAUGGGGAAACAGAACAGAAUUACAACAACUCUUUUUGGUCUUCAAUGCUUUCUUCAACGGACGGAACUCUUCGGAAGAGCUGGAACAAAUCAAAGAGCGUCUAUGAUAAAAACAUUUCCUAUAACGAUUUUGAAGUCUUUUCCACUGUUUCAUUCUUUCUGUUCAAUCCAUCGAGUAUUGCUGAUACCUCGGAAGGAUUUGAGAAAUCAAUCGCAAUCCUCAUAUUGAUUAUUGGAGUACUGGGGUUCGUAGGAAAUAUUGUGACUAUCUUCAAAAUUCGAUGUGCAAAACAUUUACACACGCCAACAUUUCUUGCCAUCGGAUGCCUUGCAUUGCCAGAUACGCUAAAUAUCUUCUGUAUUUUUGUACGGAAAUUCUCCGAUUUGUAUAGUUAUCUUCUUUAUCAACCUGCUUAUAAUCAAAGUAGUAUCGGGUUUAUAACUUAUAGUUUUCUAGAUGAUACACUUAUUUCAUGUUCAACUGCACACAUUGUGUUCCUUGCUAUGAUAAGAUAUUUAUUAAUAGUUCAUCCCCUAGAGAGCAAAAUAAGACUAACCAUACCGAUUGUCAUGACAUGCUCUUUAAUGAUUUGGAUCUAUUCUUCACUCUUAACCGCUUUCAUAUUAAUAAUUAUAUCGACGAUCAUUGAAGAUUCAAAAGAUCGAACAAAUACCAUUUCUGAUGCAUUCGGUUUUUACAGAAUUUUUAGGAUGUUGCUUUCUGUCAGUGCAAUCCUUUUUAUACAUAUCAAAAAGUUGAGGGCUCUAAAAAUGUCUUCUAAUUCUGUUACAAACAGCAUCCGUAGAAAAAUGAAUGUUAUUAUAUCCAUUAUAUUAUCAAUUUAUAUUUUCUCUCUUAUGCCAUUAAUGGUAUUAAUCCCUCAUUUAUUACAUGUACGUUUGACAGGAAGUCCCUUUGGAAGAACCUUUGUUUCAUACACAUACAAUACAAGUUUACUUUUUGGAAUUUUUCAUUACUCUUGCAAUCCUUAUAUACUUUUUUUGGCUUCACAUAUCAUAAGCAAACGUAGUCAAGAUCCUUCAAAGUAAACAGUUCAUAGAAUGAUUGUUUUUUUAAAUAUCAGUGAUUUCAUAAUAAUAUUUAUCAUCACCAAUCUGUAUUUCCAUUGAACAAGAAAUAAUGGAGGAAAUUUUACAAGCUUUGUGUAGAUAUUUUAACAUAUACAUAUUAGGGCCCCGCAAGUAUUUGCGGGUGCCCUAUAAUAAUCACUCUGCCUGUUUAUGCGUCUGUGCGUCUUUCAUUCUUCCGUCCACAUUUCUGUUUUUUCCUAAUAACUUUUUUAUUGUAGUCCAAGUAAGUUCAAAUUUGAUAUGGUAGUUCAAUAGGCAAAAAGACAUAUUUUGAUGCUAAGUUUGUUUCUCUAUGUCCUCUGGUUUGGAGGUGGGGUGGUGGAGUAGAUUCCUUGACUUUUUAUAAGAAUAGAUUGGCAAAGAGAGAUGUUCCCAUUGUAAACUGAAUACUGCAAGGAAUGAGUCCCUUGGGAUUAAUUAGUUUCCCCCUGAAGAAAAUCCAAAGCAUUAUCUUUAUCUGUCACAUUGAGAUUAAUUACCGCCUCUGUCUGCAAAUGAAGUUUGUUUUGAAGUUAAGUCCAUUUGGAAUGCUAUGAACA